AUGUCUCACCCGACUACUAUCUUCCGGUCGAGUCUUGUCCCCCCACCACAUCCGACCAUCCUCGUCCGUCUUCCAAUCAUCAACCAGAUCAAUAAGAGUCUGCAGAUGUCCCAGUGCAGCAGGCUGACAGCCCCGGGGCCUGUUGAGAGCCAAGUACGUCGCAAACACAGCCACGAGAACAGCCAGCACGCCAUAGACAAUCAGCCGCGAGUACACCAUAUCAAACUGGAAUCCGCGCUUGAACACCACGCUAUCAGAGUCCACCUCCGGCCCAUAUUUAGUAUCCUCAAUCGCAACAGACGCAAGCAAGCUCUGCCCGAUAAUCCAAUGCAGCAGCGCCUUCGCAACAAACUGCGCAGCAUUCUCCCAGCUCGAGACAGCCGCCCGAACCGCAUUCGUCGCCAGCUGCGUCCCCGGCGCUUCUCCUUUUCCUUUCUCGCUGUACGCCUGGCGCCAGACGCCCUCGUCUCUGGACAAACUAACCAGCAGCUCUAUACAGUGAAGCGCAAUAGUCUGGCUAGCCUGGAUGAGGCAGACGAAGAGCACGCAGAGGACAGCCUCGGCUGCAUACGAGAAUUCGGCGGCUCCAAGAUUGCGGCUAUUCGCAUACGGGGAGAACGCCAGCGUCACGUCGUUCCGAGAACAGGCGCCUUCGCUUGCCGUCCAGUCAAAGCUUGA